UAUUUUGACUGAUGAAUAAGAUUUAAAGAUUAAAAGAUAAUAAGAAAGAAAUAAAUUUAUCGAGUUCUUGGUUGAGAUAAUGCGCAGAAAAGAAAUCCGAACAAAUCAACCGAGAACCCAGAGAAAGUUUAUAUAUAUAUAUAUAUAUAUGUGUGUAUUGUAUGUGUGUCGCGUGUGUAUAAAUGCAUGUUAGGUGAGUGUGUGUAUGCUGUUUGCACUUGGAUAUUAUCAGGGUGCAUCGUGAGCGUUUCUACAAACGUCGGUGAUUGGUGUUAAUUGUUUGGUAGAACAAAGUGAAUUGAAUUUAUUUGCAAGGCAACGAAUCGAAAAUAGUAACUGAGUAGACGAAAGUGGAAUUUUCCGAGUGUAAGAAAAUGGGAAAAAAAUAGAAAGAAAAAAUCCGAUAAUGGUCAAUAUUUGUUUAAUACCUUAAAUGUACGCGUAAUACACGCGAAGAAUCUUAUCUACUCGAUCAAAACGUGUGUGCAUUUGCAUCUUCAUUUUUAUUAUACUUUACAUAUUUGAUGCGUUUUUUUGCAAUUACAAGAAUUUAAUUUAAAUAAAUGAUUUUUUUCAAUCGAUAAGUUCGAUUUUUGUCAAAAAAGAAAUAUAAAAGAACGUUUGUCAAAUCAUGUGAAAUCCUGUGAAUUAAUGCGAAAUGGAAAGGUUAGCUCGUUAGAGGCACAUGACGAACAGCCUUCAUGUCAAUUGGAAUUUAAGUGCAGAUUGAUUAUUAUAUUGUACCAUAUCAUAGUAUAAAAUCAUGUGAUUCUCAUGACUUCUUUGAGAAAAUAUCCACAUUUAUCGUGGAUGUUCAAAGCGUUAUGUUCGCAUAGGAUUGAUAGAUAAGAAUAUAUCUAGUCGAAUGACUGAUUAGAUUUAGUGAUCACAAGAGUUACGUUUCCAUGUAUCAUCAUGGCAAUUGGAAAUGUAAUCUGCGGUGCGAAUACUCCUAAAGUCAAGAAAAAAAAGGAAAAGGCAACCGAACGCAGUUGGAUAGAAGCAGCUUUUCAAAAAAGAGAAUGUUCCAAGUUCAUUCCAAGUGCUAAAGAUGAACAUAGGUUCACAGAAGUACAGGGAGAUAAGAAUGCAGAAUACGAUGUGAUCACUUCGUCCAGAUGUUGCUGUGGUUACUCUUAUACUUACCAUUGCGGAACUGGUGCAGAUGUUCAAAGUUAUGCCAACACUGGUUCCAUAGAAAAAGAACGUGAACAAUGGUCACCAGGAAAAAAUACACAUACUUAUCCAACCGAUGCAUAUGGUACUAUCGAAUUUCAAGGUGGACCACAUCCAACUAAAGCACAGUAUGUAAGAUUAUCUCACGAUACUCGACCAGAACCCAUAGUACAAUUAUUAUGUCGAGAAUGGAAUUUGGGAUUACCUAAAUUAUUGAUUACGGUUCACGGUGGUCGACCGAACUUCGAAUUACAGCCAAGUCUGAAAAAAGUUUUACGCAAAGGUUUGUUGAAAGCUGCUAAAACAACUGGAGCCUGGAUUUUUACUGGAGGAACAAACACAGGAGUCACGCGUCAAGUUGGUGAUGCUUUAUUGUUAGAACGAUCGCAACGACAAGGUCGAGUAGUAAGCAUAGGUAUAGCUCCAUGGGGGGUCUUAGAUAAAAAUCAUGAAUUAAUAGGACGCGGUGAAGAAGUACCAUACGAUUGCGUUUCUUCUCCUUGGACAAAAUAUACAGUUUUGAAUAACCGACAUGCUUACUUUCUAUUGGUGGAUAAUGGUACCGAAGGUCGAUAUGGAGCAGAGAUCGUGUUGCGUAGGAAAUUAGAAAAAUAUAUAUCUAAUUUAAAACUACAGCCGUAUACACACAGUAGCAUACCUGUAGUAGCAUUAGUAAUUGAAGGAGGAACAAACACGAUACGCUCGGUAUUAGAAUACGUUACUGAUGUUCCUCCAGUUCCUGUUGUUGUUUGCGAUGGAUCGGGACGUGCAGCUGAUCUCAUCGCUUUUAUGCACAAAUAUGCCAGUGAAGGAGAUAGUGAAGCGGGAGAGGGUGAAGGACCGUUGGAAAGUAUGAGAGAACAUCUCCUGGAUACUAUCAAACGCACUUUUAAAGUUUCUGCUGAACAAACUAAUCAAUUAUAUUCUGAAUUACUUCAAUGUACUCGUAAAAAACAUUUGAUAACUGUAUUCAGGAUAACGCAAGAUCGACCACAAGAAUUGGAUCAAACAAUAUUAACAGCAUUAUUCAAAUCUAAACAAUUAUCUCCAGCCGAACAAUUAUCGUUGUCUUUAAUAUGGAAUAGAGUUGACAUAGCUCGUAGUGAAAUUUUUGUAUAUGGUCAGAAAUGGCCACCGGGUGCUUUAGAACAAGCUAUGAUGCAAGCUUUACAACAUGACAGAAUCGAUUUCGUUAAAUUACUUUUAGAAAAUGGUGUAUCCAUGAGAAAAUUCUUAUCUAUACCACGUUUGGAAGAACUCUAUAACACAAAAGAAGGUCCUUCGAAUACAUUAGGCUAUAUUUUGCGAGAUGUAAGGCCUAAUAUUCCACGUGGAUACAUGUAUACCUUACACGAUAUUGGAUUAGUAAUCAACAAACUCAUGGGUGGAGCUUAUCGUGCACAAUAUACACGUAGAAGGUUUCGUGUUAUUUAUACCAAAGUAAUGAAAAGAUCUGGUGGGCAACAACAACAUAUGCAUAGGAAUAGUUGUGCUUUAAGUUCUGCUACUCGUUAUUAUUCAGGAUCUGGUAAUAAAUCAGACAGCUUGACAAUGAGUUUGCUCGCCGAAACUGUUCCUGCUAAUCGAGAUACACCACUUUUUGAUUAUCCUUUCAACGAGUUACUUAUUUGGGCAGUAUUGACUAAAAGACAACAAAUGGCAUUGUUGAUGUGGCAACACGGAGAAGAAGCUUUAGCUAAAGCACUUGUUGCUUUAAAAUUGUACAAAGCAAUGGCUCACGAAGCUGCUGAGGAUGAUCUUGAAACAGAAGUUUAUGACGAAUUACGUGGUUACGGAAAAGAAUUUGAAAAUAUUGCUCUGGAAUUAUUGGACUAUUGUUAUCGUCAAGACGAUGAUCAAACACAACAAUUAUUGACAUCCGAACUUCAAAAUUGGUCUGGUCAAACUUGUUUAUCACUUGCAGUUACUGCUAAUCAUCGUCCACUUUUAGCUCAUCCUUGUAGUCAAAUCAUUUUAGCGGAUUUAUGGAUGGGUGGUCUUCGUACUCGUAAAAAUACAAAUUUAAAGGUUGUUCUUGGCUUACUGUUUCCCGUUUAUAUAUCACGACUGGAAUUUAAAAGUCGAGAAGAAUUACAAUUAAUGCCGCAAACCCAAGAAGAACAUUUGAUUGCUCUUGAAGAUGAAAAGGAAGAUAGUGAUUCAGAACAUGGUGCAUCGAAUGGUCCGGAUGUUGAGAAACAUCUGCGCAGGAGCCUCAGCAUACGCAACAAAUGCAGCAGCCAUCAAGGCAUUAAGGCUUUAAUUAGCAGUGAACAUUCGACGACGAUUGUAAAAGAAACAAUUGUUCAAGAAAAUGGCAAAGUAUUAACAGAUAACGAUGAAGGAACUCAUCGAGCGUAUGGCAUUCGUUCAGACUACUACGACAACAAAACCACUAGACCGUUACGAUUAAAGAAAAAAUUAUAUGAAUUUUAUACUGCACCAAUUACCAAAUUUUGGGCCAAUGCUAUAGCUUAUAUUGUCUUUUUACUUUUAUUUUCUUACUGUAUACUCGUACAAAUGAGUGAAAACCCAUCGGCAGCUGAGAUUUACGCGAUAUCUUACAUCUGCACAUUGGGAUGCGAAAAAGUACGUGAAAUAGCAACAUCAGAGCCAGCAACACUCUCUCACAAAUUUAGCGUUUGGGCUUGGAACAUGUGGAAUCCUUGCGAUGCAGCUGCUAUAAUAUUUUUUCAAAUUGGUCUUGCUUUGAGAUUUCGUCAUUCGACCUUUGACGUAGGUCGAGUUAUAUACUGCGUUGAUUGUAUUUAUUGGUAUUUGAGAAUACUUAAUAUUCUUGGAGUUAACAAAUAUUUAGGUCCAUUGGUUACAAUGAUGGGAAAAAUGGUAAAAAAUAUGAUAUAUUUCGUAGUUCUUUUACUAGUUGUUCUCAUGAGCUUUGGAGUGGCAAGACAAGCUAUAUUAAAUCCUAAUGCAGAACCUAAAUGGCGAAUAAUCCGUGAUAUUUUUAUGGAACCUUAUUUCAUGCUUUACGGAGAAGUAUAUGCGGACAAUAUAGAUCCCGAUUGUGGAAAUGAACCAGGCAUGCCAGAAUGUCUUCCAGGUCGUUGGAUUACACCAGCAGUUAUGUCCGUGUAUCUUUUAGUUGCUAACAUAUUAUUAAUCAAUUUAUUGAUUGCGGUUUUCAAUAAUAUAUUCAACGAAGUCAAUGCUGUUGCACAUCAAGUAUGGAUGUUUCAACGAUUUACGGUUGUGAUGGAAUAUGAACAAAAGCCAGUCUUACCUCCACCACUUAUCGCGGUUUGCCAUGUAUAUUUAUUAGUAAAAUAUUUACUAAGACACCUUACCAGAGGUAAACGAAGUACUGGUGAAACGUGCGAUAACGGUCUUAAACUAUUUCUUGAGGCUGACGAUUUAGAACGUUUAUAUGAUUUUGAAGAGGAUUGCGUUGAGGGAUAUUUUCGUGAACAGGAACUUAAAUUACAAAUGUCUACUGAGGAACGUGUUAAAAUUACUACUGAAAGGGUUGAAAAUAUGCAUCAAAAAAUAGAAGAUAUUAAUAAGAAAGAGCAUACGCAAAAUGCUUCUCUACAGGCCGUCGAAUUUCGUAUUCGUAAAUUGGAAGAAUUAAGUGAACAAACCUUAGCGCAUCUUGGCGUAAUUCAUCGUUUCAUGGCAACUCAUAUGCCCAACGAAGGUCUUCCUACUUUUGAUAUAGACAUCCGUCAACGUAGAGUUUCGGAAAGAUCGGAUGCUUUUUCAGAAGCUGAUUCUCAUACUCAAUUACCUAGUCUCGUGUUACGGCGUAAGCGACUUUUGCGUUCUCAAACUGACGCCACUUUCUUAAACAUUGGUCAACCUUUGGAGGACGACGUUUUGAAGAAUUCAGAAACAAUAACGUCUCGUGAAAAUUUAACUAGAAAUGAUUCGUCGGUAAGCAUCAUUGAUCCUCAGAAUGGUCCAGAAGACGUCAAGACUACUACGAGCCAAGAAAGUGAAGUUAGUAAGGAAGUAGGUGGUACAGAAUCAACGAUAAAAAAAGAAGUAUCAUUAGAAAGAGAAGCUAGCAGUGAAGCUCCAGCUUCAGAACCACCCAGACAAGAUUCAAUCGAACGUCCAGUCAGACAGAACAGUAGAACUCGUUCAGAAUCUGAUGACGUAGUACUAAUGCCUCCACCAAAUAUCCAAAGAGGUGUUACUUGGGCGGAACCACGCGUUGCAGUGAUUCCAUCUUCCGUAACUUCAGCUGGAAGUACUCAAAGAUCCAUUCUUUUAGCGAUGCGUGCGGAAUACACUAGUAUAACCGACGAAUUAGAAAGUUAUUGCGGUCUUCUUAGUCCACCAAGAACGCCACCAGUUUCACCCCCAUUAUCGAGGAAUAGAAAUAUGGCGGAAAUUAAUAAUCCCGAGAUGGCUUGGCAAAUAGAGAACGAACAUUUACGAGAUGCCGAGGAAUGCGAUUAUCAACAAAUGGAAGAUUUAAUACAACGACGUUACAAAGAGGAAGACGACGAAUCCAGUAAUCCAGCUGAAGAAGGUGCUGUCUCUGCUAACUUCUUUUCCAUAUCUCACGAGCAUCGUCAAUUGCGAAGAGCUUCCGCGAUCGAUGAAGAUUCUCGUAGACCACCUCCUACGAUCAGCGUUACUAGAGAAAUAGAACAAACACUCUCAAGGCCACCUGCGAUCAGAGAUCCCGAAUCACCCGAUCCGAGCGAUAAAAAUAUGAGUACUGUACCAGCACCAGCUUCCGAAACUAUGUGUUAAGAUAAUCUAAAACGCCGAUUGCACGUUACAUAUAUUAUAUGAUGUAUGUACUGCAUGCGAUUCGAUAAAAUGAGGCUAUAGCUUAAGUAUCUUAGAUAGAAAAUCUUAUUUUUAGUUGUAAAUCGAAUUUGUACAAUAAAUCUUUGAAUUCUCAUUAUUUUUUAGAGAAUUCAGGAUUUAUAACAUAAACAGCGCAAAGGAUAAACAUGAAAAGCUUUGAAAAAGAAUUUUGCAUAUUGCAAAAUCCUUUAGCUUUUAGAUUGAUUACCGUGCGAGUGAGUGAACAAUCAUUUUUUCAUAUUUUAUCAGCUAAUAAUACUAAUAAUGCUAUUUAAUCUAUUUAAAUACGUUCACAUUAAAAUGCACAUUAUACAUUUUAUUUCUAAGAUAAAGCACACUUUUGAGAAUUCAUAUUUUUACUUGAGCACUUUUGGUAUUUUUCUGUGAACUAAGCUAUAUGAGAUCACUAAAUGUAGGCAUCAAUUUUUUGUGCCUAUUUGGUGGUACAAUGUCAACCGUAAAUCUAUAACAAGUAUCGGUUGUUAAGCCUUUUUAUAUAAAAAAAAAAAAAAAGAAAAAUAGAAAAAAAAAGAAGAUAUCAUUAUUUAUGAGAUCUUUUUAUUUGAUCAUAGUGAAAAUCUGUACUUCUUAAUUUGUACUUAGGAAAUUAUUGUAUUAAUGUUUAUUACAUAUACAUUUUAUGCUGGCUAUAAAACGGUAGUAUAAUAUUAUAAAACACUAUUAACAUUUCUUAUGGUUGUAAACACUUUUUAGUGUUGUCGUACAUUAGAAAUUUUAAUUUUUAGUACUUAUAAUGUUUUAUUUCAUAUCUACUAGAAUUAUUUUUUAAACUAAAUAACUUUUAGAAAGCUUUAAGCAGGAAUCAUGUAAACGUUGCGAAUAUUUAUUAAACAUUAAAGUGAUGUAUAAAAAAGAGAGAAAGAGAGAAGACAAAAAAUCAAAGAUUACACGCGUUAGACAAUUUUUAUGUAAUUUUAUUUAUUUAAGGAAAUAACAGGGCUAGGAUUAGGUGUGACGGUUUUAAUUCGUUUUCUCCUUGUUUUCUUCUUGAUUUCGUUUUUUUUUUCUUCUAAUAUUUAAAAUUAAAUAACAUUAUAACAAAAAGAGAUAAGAAUUAGUGUUGACUUCACUACUGUCAUUCUCAGCUUUAUUGUCUUUACUGCCGGAUACUUUUAAACGUAUUUUGAAAUAUAUAUAUUUAGGGCCUUAUAUAAACACGCACUUUCUACUGCGUCAGACUCGGACUUCACGGACCAUUAUAAGCGAACCAUAUCACGCAGAUAUGUUCUAAGGAACUAGGCCAAUCUGCGUUAGUACAAUUGCAACUAUUUAAAGAAACUUUGAUACCUGCA